AUGUCGUCCACCUCGACCUCGACCGACUGGACAAGUUUGGCGAUGAAUCUGGACAUCAUGAUCGAUGGCGUACGGCAUGCCUGUGCCGAGCAGCAGUGGGACGUUGAGCAGGCGGCAGGGUUGAGGGCAGCUCAGCAAAUCCGUGAUCCGAACAUGCGUCUCGAAACGACAGCAUCUUCGGCUCCAUACGACGCAUGCACUGGUUAG